CCCAUCUCCUGGCAAGAGAUCAAAGACAUUGCGCCUAUCGCUCGCCAAGGAGCGGCAGAACAACUGUUGCAUAUCUGGACGAGACAAAGAUAUCGUAUUGACCCCGAGGCGCUCUGGGGAGAUGAAAUCGAGUACACUUUGAUCAAUGUUGAUGCAAAAGCAUCCAAGGCCACGCUGCUUUUGAGCCAGGAGAAUGUGCUGCGCCAAUAUGAGAAGCGUUGCGCAAAAGAAACUGACGAACCGUGGAAUACGGUCUCUUUUCAGCCAGAAUGGGGUCGGUAUAUGAUUGAGGCAACUCCAGCGAAGCCAUACGGAGAAGAGAUUACGGCACUACUGAAGGUGGAAAACAAUAUGCGGCUACGGCAAUGUAGGCGAGAUCUAAUUCGACAGUGUCUACUACCGAAUCAGCAUCCUGUGACUCUCAGUGUCUUGCCUGGUCUGGGCACACAGGGCCUGUUCACAGCCUUAGAGCCGGACGCAAGAUUUUCAGGAAAUGCUCCAGAUGGUCGAGUCUACCAUCCAAGUACGCGCUAUAUCAUGGCGACAGAGAACUUGACUACUCGGCGGCAAGGACGGUUCGAAUGUCAGAUUCCGGUAUUCCGAGACGAAUUGACUGAGCGACCGUUCUACGACACGAACGUGUCGUACGAGUAUUCAUCGCAGCAGUUGCCUCCAGCAGACCCGAAAGAGGGACACAUACAUCUUGAUUGCCCCGAGCUUGGGAUGGGAUGCUGUUGCAUCCAAGUCACAAUGCAAGCGCCAAAUGAGCCUGAAGCUCGAUGGCUGCACGAUCAGCUCAUGGUUUUGGGGCCGCUUAUGUUGGCAUUGACCGCUGCAACACCUGUCUACAAAGGCUAUUUGGUAGACACAGAUACGCGCUGGGGAUAUAUCUCUGCUUGCUUGGAUGACCGCACAACAGAGGAGCUGGCCACAACCCCACCUCGUUAUUCCUGGAAUCGUACAUAUAUCUCAUCGGAGAAGCCACUAGAUGUGGAAGACAAGACAUCCUCGCAACCGAUUGACGAAAGUCUCAAGCAGGGCCUGCUAGAUGGCGGGAUGGAUGAGUCUCUGGCUCACCACUUCGCAAGCGUUCUUUCUCGUGAUCCUAUCAUUGUGAGUCGGGAAGACAUCGAACAAUUCGACCCCAGCGAUACGGGUCUCUUUGAUAUGCUCUACAAUAGUGUAUGGCAACAUGUCCGGCUCAAGCCCCCAUUGUGCGACUCCGGACCCGGCUGGCGAGUUGAAUUCCGGCCCAUGGAGGUUCAACUGACAGACCAUGACAAUGCUGCACUGUCCAUAUUCAUAUACCUUCUCUCGCGCGCCAUCACCGCGUUUCACCUGAACUUCUACAUCCCCAUCGACAAAUUGGGUGACUCCAUGGAGCGAGCCCAGAAGCGCAAUGCAGCGCUUGACGAGCGGAUCUGGUUCCGUCGUACGGGUUGGUCUGCAGUAAAGCAACAGCCACAUACGUGUGAGACAUGCACGUCCAACUGCUGGACGAAACAGAAGAUAGGCACGUUGAGGGACUCGGAGAAGGCUGGUUGUGAUUCAUCAGCGCAGUACGCUCUGUUAUCCACGGAUCAGAUCGUCAACGGCGAGAACCCGGAGGUUCCAUCUGGGUUUCCUGGCUUGAUCAACAUUGUAUGGGCAUACCUGCAGUACAUAGACGCCCCAUUGCGAGAGAGAAAGCGACUGAAGCCGUAUCUGGAUGUGAUAAGUAAACGAGCCAGUGGAGAGCUCCCUACCCCGGCGCAGUGGAUGAGGUCGGUUGUCAUGACACAUCCAGAGUACCGGAGAGACAGUCGGGUUGGGGAGAAGAUUCGGUUUGAUCUAUUGCAAGAGAUCAUAAGCAAGGGCGAGUGA